AUGACUUCCUCAUCGUCCACUUCUCUCCCCCGUAUCACCGUCCUCGGUUCCCUCAACAUCGACCUCACCUCCUACGUCCCCCACCAUCCCCUUCCAGGUGAAACCCUAACCUCCAACGGCCUGGUCGUCUCUCCCGGUGGCAAGGGCGCCAACCAAGCCGUCGCCUGCGCCAAGCUCUCCCGCGGCCGCGACCAUGAUAAGGACCCUUCCUCCAUCACCGCCGUCGUCGCCAUGGUCGGCGCCGUAGCCCAAGACAGCCACGGCUCCCUCCUCCUCAAGAACCUCGCCGCCCACGGCAUCGACGCCUCCCAGGUCCUCCAGGUCUCCUCCGAGACGACCACCACCGGCACCGCCAUCAUCAUCGUCGACGAACCCACCGGCCAGAACCGCAUCAUCUUCACCCCGGGCGCCAAUUCCGACCCGGCCCUCUCCCACUACACAUCCCUUCCCGAGACCUCCUCCGCCGACGCCCGCCCCGACCUCCUCGUCAUGCAGCUCGAGAUCCCCCUCGCCACCGUCCUCGCCGCCCUCGAAUCCGCCAAACGCGCCGCCGUCCCCGUCCUCCUCAACCCGGCCCCCGCCCAACCGCUCCCAGACCACGCCUACGCCGGUCUCGCCCACCUCGUCGUCAACGAGACCGAGGCCUCCAUUCUCUCCGGCUGCGCCGAGUCCGACCUCGACGACCUCGACGGCCUCCGCCGCGUCGCCAAGUGGUUCCUCGACAAGGGCGUCGUCAACUUCGUCGCCACCCUGGGCGGACGGGGCGUCUACUUCCGCUCCGCGGACGGCAAGGAUGCCCUCGUCCCGGCCGAGAAGGCCAAGGUCGUCGAUACCACCGCCGCUGGGGACACUUUCGUCGGCUCUUACGCCGUCUCCGCCGUAACGGCUGCUCAUGAAGCCAAGCCUUUCGACAUCGAGGCCGCUAUCCGAAGAGCGAACCGUGUCGCCGCAAAGACCGUCGAAAGGAAGGGUGCCCAGGACUCGAUCCCUUGGGGGGACGAGGUGAAUUAG